AGACAAAGAGUAGGAUUUGGGUGGGUGACACGGAGCCUGUUCUUAGUGCUAACCUGGCCUGGCUGGGGCAGUGGGUGGGGGCAGGGGCUUUCUCCCACCCCAGUGUCUCACACCAAUAAAUAUGGAUUAGGGAAAUGGGCAGAGUUUUUCUCACGGGCCUGAAAGGGCACAUCUGACCUUUCUACCCCCUUUAUGUACCAAUGUGACAGUCAGACAGAGCAAAGAGCAGGACCCCCUGAGAUACCUCCCCCAUAGCCUUCUGACUUCGGGAAACUUUUCACCCUCUUUCUCCUGGCCCCAGACCAGGUCUCAACCCCUCCUGGAACCCAGGGAUGAAGAGGAUGCUCAUUUUCAAGUGGGUAUCUCAGCACCAAACAAGGCUGUGAGGUUCUGGACCAAAGCACCCUGACACCUGACCCAGCUGUCUACCCAGUGUCUCCUCAUCCUGACUCUGUAUGGCCGGGGCCUCCUCAGAGGCUCCAUUUCCCAUCACUCUCUGAACGUCCUCUUCUCUUUCAACCUCUUCUGUAUAUUCUUUGACCCUCCUCUACCUGGCCUUUUUUCUUUCUUCCCUUUCCAGUGCUCCAUGAAACUGGGAGGCCCGUGUGCCUGCUAUGCCAUGUUCCUGUUCACGAAAUAAGGAUAGAAGGGAGGCUGGGCCGUGAUCUCGCCCCCUGGUGCACUGGUCCUUGGCUGCUGGCCUGGGGUGGGAUGGGCCACUCUGAAUGGAACCAGUGUGGAGACAGGAAAAGCAAACACCUCCAUGAGGGCCUCCCUGGCCUUGGGGUGGGGGUGGAAUGGGGCAAGGGCCUGGGUCAGAUCAACUUCUGUCUCAGCCUCUGUUGGCUCUUCUGAACCCCUAGCUUCUUGGACCCUCAUCCCACAAUGUCCAGAGGACAGUGAGCUGAGGGUGGGUUGAACCCGCUGGGAGACACCUUUGCUUCGAUGUCUUUCCUUGCUCUUCCCAAUCCCGGGCAGUGCCCUUCCUGCCUAGAGAUGCCAAGAAAGUCAGAGGCUGGGAUGGGCUGUCUGGCCAACCUUCCAAAAUAAGAGCCCCACAGACAGGCAGUCAUCUUGUACCUAAGCACCCAGCAGUGCCAUCCACCUCUGGGCUGCGGGGACCCCGAAGAUGUUCUGCCCGGUGAGUGCUCCUGUAUUCUGAGACCAGGCAGGGGAGGGGAAGGCUCCUUAGAGCUCCAUGAACUGUCCUGUCGUCUCCACGAGUUGUGGCAGUUUCUGUUUGGAUGGUCUUACCCACUGCCUGUGGCUGAUGUGUGUUGGUGGUACUUUGGAGAGAGAUGUUGAAAGGACAGGAGAAUAUUUGCAGGUGUUAGAGAAACUGUUCUGGGAAUGGCGGUGGGGGAUUGAUGGAGGCUGGGAUGUUGGAUUCCAGAUUCCAAGCCAACCCUUUUAUUUUAUUUUAUUUUAUUUUUGAGACAAAUACCAUCAUGUCGCCAGGGCUAGCCUCAAACUCAGGUACAAGCCAUCAAACUUCCCAAAGCCACUUUUUGAAACAAGGUCUCAUGAUGUGACCUUGGCUCGCCUAGAGUUUGCUAUGUUGUUGAAGCUGGCCUGGAACUUGCAGAAACCCAUCUACUUCUGCCUUCCACAAGUUAGGACUAAAGAAAUACUCUGCCGAGUCCAGCCCAUUAUUUUAUUUGGCUAGCAUAACAGAAUCACAUUUAAUCUUUGAAAAGCUGUUGGGAUAAGGUGGGCUAUGCCUGUGAUCCCAGACAGGAAGAGGGUCAAAGUUCAAGGCCAGCCUGGGCUGUAUACAAUGCUUAAUGCUAAACUGGCUACAUGAGUCCCUGCCAACGAACGAACGAAUGAAUGAAUGAAUGAUUUGUGCGGUGAGUUAAGAAAGGGCUGCUCAGCCCGAGUGAGUGGCAGUCGGUGGGGCUAGAGGUCAGGCCUGAGGUGGCAGCGUGCAGCUCAGCCACUGCUCGUUCCCUGAGCACCUUUGUGUCUUCCUCUGGAUGUAAGAGGUAAGGAGUGUGGACAACACUGGGAGCCUCUUCCCCUUACAUCAGAACUCCAGACGACCUGCUGGUGUCGGGCUCACUGCAGCCUCCCCCCCCACCCCCAAGUCAUAGUUGGCCUUUUGUCACAGAUCCCAGAGAACAGAUAACCCCUCGGGUUGCAUUAAAAACCCAACUGCUUCAUGGAAAGGAAAGGUAAUGGCAUGUCAUACUUUCCCGCCGUGCCCACCAUGAGGGGAGAGGUGAUGGCCAUGUCCUCUCCAUGGCCAGGAGGACUCCCUUCAGGGCUUCAGGCACUGUUCUUGAGCCUUCAACGAAGUUCACCAAAUGGGCACUGCACAGACCACAACCAAAGAGAGUGCCACAACCUUUAAAUGACCUUUUGUCUUGCCUCUGAUUCCUUUUGGGGUGUGUGUGUGUGUGUGUGUCAUUGUGUCCAGUCCCCUGCAUCUGGGUGUCCACCCAGGCCAACCUGGCUCGUAGAGAAGAAUCAAUCUAGAUUUUUAAAGGCACCUGCUCUGGGGAUGGAAUUCCCCCUGGGGAUAAUCAAAUAUUUAUUUAUUCAUGGCCUUCUGUUGGGAGGGGAGGCCCUUCCACCCCAGCUCAGCCUGGGCCAGCUGCCUCCUCACUCCUUCCCACAGGGGCAUAGCAGCCUGGCCCUGGGCAAGCCACUCGACUUCUCUAAGCCUCAGUUUGUCAGCUUUAAAGCAGAACUAAUGACAUACCUACUUCGUAAGGUUGAUAGGGGUUGACAUGAUCAAAGCGGUGAAAUCCAGUAAGGGUUUAGUAAGCCGGCACCUGGGUAGUGCCAGAGUGCAUUGGGAGCCCUCUCUCCACCACAUCUCCUCACACUGGAUCUCACUGUGUUGUCCAGGCUGAUCUGGAGCCACUGGAGCUCAGGAAAACCCAUAGCCUAAGCCUUUUGAGUGGAUGGGCCUCCUCCAGGUGUACAUCCCCAGCCUGGCCACCAUUGUUAUUGAAACCCUCCCGCCGCAAGGGCAGAGAGCCUCCUGCUCUCAGUACCCUACUGUAUGUAGCAUCUCCAUUACAGAUAGGGAAACUGAGGCCUGGAGUGGGGAAGGACCUAUCCAGGGUCACUUAACAGUUUCCCUGGAGAGUAAGAAGUGACACAAAACUCCUUCAUUCCUACUUGGGUGCUGUCCCUUCCCUCCCUCUGCCUCCUGUCCUCCCAGGUGUUUCAUGCCUGGCACCGCAUGGGCCCGGGGCAGAACCUAGAAGAGAAGGCAGAGUCUGGCAAUGGAGUAGGCUCCUCCGAGGCCAUCGUGCGCUCAGGCCAUCGUGCGCUCUCAGCCUCCGCCCUUUGUCUGUGGCUUUGUGAUGCUGUGGAGACAGAGAGGCUGGGAGGUGUUCACCAACCCCAGUGCUGGCAGCCAGGAGGCAGGGAAGCUGGGAUCUUCGCCCAGGCCAACCGCAGCCACCAGGAGGAGUGAUCACUAAUAAAUACUUGGAAGGUGUCUUGGCCCAACUCUCUAUCCGGGGCUAGCGGUGUUAACUCUUGUCAGUUUCUCUAUUUCACAGAUGGGGUUCCCAAGUCCAGACCUCCUUGGGAAGAGGGCUCAGGAAAACUUAAAUGGUAGUGCAGAGGCUGUUCUAGGGCUGCGCCAACCAACUCUUGGUGACUGAGAUUACUCACACUGGCUUUCCUGCUUUUCUUUUCUUUUUUUUUUUUUUUAAGAUUUUAUUUAUUGUAUGUGAGUACACUGUAGCUGUCUUCAGACACACCAGAAGACAGCAUCAGAUCUCAUUACAGAUGGUUGUGAGCCACCAUGUGGUUGCUGGGAUUUGAACUCAGGAUCUCUGGAAGAGCAGUCGGUGCUCUUAACCACUGAGCCAUCUCUCCAGUCCCCCUUUCCUGCUUUUCUAGUCAAUAAAUAAUAACUUAUGCCACAGAGUUAUCAAAACGAAGUUGUCAGAUGAGCCACUGAGGCACCUAGUUAAACUCAUGGUGGCUUUAAGGCUAACAGCUGAGGACAGCUAUCAUUGGUAUAAUCAUUCCCAACAGGGGUUGGUAACAUUUAUCCCUUUGGACCUCACGAAGAUUCACCUGGGGACAAGGCUCUGCGGGGAGGGAGAUGGCAAUUGUUGAAGGAGUUGAGGAAAGUCAUACUUAGCCUUCUCGAAGGUCUCUAGAAGUCCCCACUGAGUCUGGGGAAUGCAGAAAGCUGGGAGGCAGAAGCUGCAGCCUGGACCAGAGGAGUUAACCACUCCCAGGCCCUGGCCCAGUAGGGCUGCCACGCUGCAACCUAGAAACGAACGACUUUAGCAGAGGAGUCAGACUACUUUCCGAUGGGCAAAACAGCUGGCCACUUAGGGAAAACAGCUGGCCUAGUUUCAGCCUCCUAAGAGCAGAGGCAGAACCUCAGAGGACAGCACCACAUCUGGGGUCCUUGAAGAGGAAAGCAUAGUCAAGAGGGAGAGGGUGGGUCUUCAGAGCAUGUGGGUGUUGGGUGGGUACCCAGGAGACAGGAGGGGUGUGGGCUAAUUUCUAGAACAGAAUCCAGAGUAUGUUAAGUUUAAACAGACUGGGCAAGAGUGUCUCCAGUUGGGAUCUGAGGUCUCAGUCUUCUGUCAAAUAGGACAGAUGAGGACAGGGGAGACUAGGCUGUACAAGUAUCUGCUUUUCCCUGGGUGUUCUUGGAAGUGGGCUUGGAACCAGAGGUGAGGAUGGUGUCCAGGCUGGUCUCCUGGUCUGUGGAACUGUAUCCAGAGCAGGGUGAAGGCUCAUCCUCUGGCCAGGAUCGUGGGCUUCCGUGACCACAGAGCAGGACAGGGACCCAGGGAGCCUCCGACCCAAGAGACGGGAAGCUGACAGCUGGUAAGAGCUCCAUCCAAGGACCCUUCCUGCUUUGAGUCCCCAUUUCCAGCCUACCUGGCUGCUAGGCUGUGAGAACUCCAGCCUGAGCUCUGACUAAAGCCCUGGUCUACCUUCGGGCUGCCUGUAUCUACCCUUGGCGGGGAAGCAGGACUUGGAACCAGGAUAGACAGGUUGAACAGGAUAGGCAGAAGGUUAAAUGGCGUGUGGCAAGACUCCAUUGGGCCAGAGUUACCCAUCUGAGCUUUUACCUCCAAGUCCCAGAGGCCUGGCACCCCUACCUCUUCUGUGAACAAGGGGUUAUCCUCUAGCUCAGCGCCCUACUGCGCCAGAGUUACCCCCUUCCAAUUUGAGUGUAUCAGCUUCUGGCUGGUACACUUUUCUGGUAUCACCUUUUCUCCCUGGCAAAGGACCUGCCCCUUGGCACCACAUCUUAAAGGUCUUAAAGCUCAAGUUCCCAAUGGGAAGGGGACAGUUCUUCCAGGGUCUCCAGUUCAGGAUAGCCAACUGAAUCAAGCCCUGGGGUACUGGCGCCACCACAUGGUUUUGUGCAGAAUUACAGUGGCUGAGGGGCACAAAACUGCUGAGAGGCGGAAACCCUGAGAGCAUCAGUUGCAUCUUCUUAACCUGUUGGGCUCCAGGAGUGACUAUUUUCUAGAGAAGCAUGGCGGCUCAGCAUGCAUGCAGCAGCAGUUUCCAACUCAGCCUGUGUCAAAAUGACCUGGAACUUUCCACUAAAGCAGAUGGCUUAGUGGGUAGGUCAGUGAUAGAACCAGCAUGGAUCUCUGACCUGGUGGUAAAACCAGAAUUCCAGAACUCUUGAGUCUAAGGUAGAAGGGUCCAGGGCUCCUGACCAUUCUACAUUACAUGGUAAGACUGUUUCCAAAAAAAGACUGAUUUUUAAAAGGAAAGAAUUCAUUUUAUUCCACUCCCAGAGUUUCAGACUUCCUAGGCUGGGGGAUGGGGGUAAUGUUUGCUUUUUUUUUUUUUUUUUUAAUAAAGUAGGGUUGUUAUGAAGAUGGUGGAGCCAUGCAGGCCAUACUGCCCUCAGACAAAUGAUCCUCCUGCUUUAGCCUGUUCCACAAAUCCUAGCUUUUGUACGUUGAGGUACAAAAGAGAGAAGGGAGAGGAACCAAUGCUUGAGACAGGGUUUUACUCCUAACCCUGAUUGGCCUUGAACUUGUGACAGUCUUGUGUCCUUAAGCAUCCAAACUGCUGCUGGGAUUAUAAGUGUGAACUGCCCUGCCCAGCUGGUAUUUGCACAGGUGAGGCCUAAGCUACUGGUCUAAGAAUUUUACCUUGGUGAGCACCGUAAUUCCAAACUUCUGUGAGCUUAGCCUACACCACUUUUAAGAAUACAUCUCAUAGCUGGGCACCUUUAAUCCCAGCUCUCAGGAGGCAGAAGCAGGUGGAUAUCUAAGAAUUCCAGGCCAGUCUGACCUACAUUGUGAGUUUCAGAAUACCCAGAAUUACAUGAUAAGACUCUGCCUUAACUUCCCCUCCCCAGAAGACCAUAGCUCAUGAUCAUUGUAGGAGCCAAAAGACCGUAGGUGGAUUGCCACUUGGUGAUCUCGCCUCCAUUAGAGACCCCACAUACAUCUGUGGAGGGGCCACAUAGUCCUUAGGCUCUGCUUAGCCUGGGACUAGAAAUGUGGAUGGGAAAAUGGGUAUCUGUAGUGGAAGUCAGAGCAGAAGGGUCUCGUGCAUGCUUUCUUACUGGCAGCUCUAAAAGGCAGCUCUAAAUAAGGUCAGAGGAAUAAGGUUUUCCCAUUUGGCCUGAUUUUCUUCCAUCUUCCCCACUCAGUACCUAGCCUGCCCCAUGUAAGGGGGUCAUCUUUUGUCCUCAGUCUCCUGCAUCCAACCUACCAGGUCCAUGGGAUUCCCCACCUCACUGCUGCUUGGCAGACCUGUUUCUCCCAAGCAGGGAACCCAAAAUCUGCUAUUAAAAUUGUGUUAUUGUUAUUAUCUUUUGAGACAGGGUCUUACUGUAUAGCCCUUAGCCAGAAUACACACACACACACACACACACACACACACACACACACACACACACACACACUUUCUUUGAGACAGGAUCUCACGAGGGACCCUGGCUGUUCUGGAACUCACUCUGUAGACCAAACUGGUCUCAAAUUCACAGAGAUCUGCCUGCCUUUGCCUCCUGAGUGCUGGGAUCAAGAGGGGUGUACUGCCAUGCUCAGCCAGGUCAAUUUUUUGUUUUGUUUUACCUCUUUUCCCCUGUUUGUUUGUUUGUUUGUUUUUUUUUUUUUUGGUUCUUUUUUUCGGAGCUGGGGACCGAACCCAGGGCCUUGCGCUUCCUAGGUAAGCGCUCUACCACUGAGCUAAAUCCCCUGCCCCUGUUUUUUUUUUUUUAAGAUUUAUUUAUUUAUUUCAUGUAUGUGAGUACACUGUUUCUGUCUUCAGACACCAGAAGAGGGCACCAGAUGCUCAUUACAGAUGGUCAUGAGCCACCAUGUGGUUGCUGGAAUUGAACUCAGGAUCUCUGGAAGAGCAAUCAGUGCUCUUAACCACUGAGCCAUCUCUCCAGCCCUCCCCUGUUUUUUUUGAGACAGAGUCUCACUAUGGCCUGGCUGUCUUAGAGCUCACUAGGCAGACCAGGCUGUCCUCAAACUCAGAGAGAUUUGCCUCCCAACUUCUGGGAUUAAAGGCAUGUCCGCCACUCCUCAAUUUGUUUCAGUUAUUUUUAAAGAAUUUCAUGGGGUGUGUGUGUGUGUGUGUGUGUGUGUGUGUGUGUGUGUGUGUGUGUGUGUGUGUAUACAGUGUACAGUGAUGUGAAGAUCUGUACCUGUCACUCUACUUCUAUCAAAUGGAUUCUGGGACUCCAAUUCAGGUCAUCAGGAUUAGCGAUGUGUGUCUUUACAUGCUGAGCCAUGUCCUUGGCCCUAGUUUUUUUUUUUUUUUUCCUCUUUUUAAUAUAGCAACACCACACACCAAUGACAAUGUACACCAGGCAGGCUUCAAAAGCUCUCCUGCCUCUUCUUUUGGACCUCUAGGAUUACAGGCAUGAACUACCAUGUAAACGUUUUGUUUGUCUGGAGGCGGAGUCUUAGCAUGUAUCGUUGGUGGGCCCAGCUGUAGACCAGGCUGUUCUUGAACUUGUGGUUACCCUGCCUCUGCCUCCCAAGUCAGCUGCUAGGAAUACAAAUGGUGCCACAAUACCUGGUUUUUUCUUUUUCCUUUUUUAAAGACAAGAUCUCAUGUAGUCUAGGCUGACUUGAAACUCCUUAUGUUGUCAAGGAUGGCCCCGAACUCUGGAGAUUAAUCCUUAUCUCUAUACUAGGAGUCUGCUUACACCUAGACUGGAGACUGAACCCAGGGCCUUGUGCAAGCAUGCUACCAUUGAGGUAGAGCCCCAGGUAGAUCAGUCUCCACCUCCUCCUCCCUCGGUCCCUCCCUCCCUCCCUCCCUUCUUUUGAUUCUGUCUCACACUGUAGCUCAGGCUACACUGUAGCUUAGGUUUUCCUGGAACUUACAAUGUAGCCCAGGAUAGCAUCACAUUCAAAGCAAUCCUCCUGUCUCAGCCUCCCGGGUUUUAGGGUUGUAGGCCUGAGACAGCCUAUCUGUCUCAGUGACUUUCAUUUCUAGAUUUGUUUAUUUUUAUUGUUUGUAUAUAAGUGUGUGUAGAGUGCCCUGUGUAGCCAGAGGCACUGUAGCAUGCAUGCUCCCAUGCACAUGCUUAACAACAACAGCAGCAACAUUAAGUUCAAAAAUAAAACAGGCAUAAUAUCACACAUCUAUCCCAGCACUGGGGAGACAGAGGCAGGCAGAUCUCUGAGUUCAAGGUCAGCCGGUCUACAGUUCCAGGACAGCCAAGGCUGCAUAGAAAGACCCUAUCUAAAAUAAAGUAAAAUAAAAUUAAAUAAGAUAAAAUAAAAUCUUGCCCUGCUUCUUCCCAGCUCUGGGUGAGAAGACCAUGAUGGCCUAUCCGAGUCCCACCUCUCCAUCUUCCCUUUGCUUUGGCUACUCUGGCCCUCUUGCCCGUCCUAUCACAGGACCUUUUGCCCGCCCGUCGCCCUUAAUUGGCAUUCUUUCUUUCAAGUACUCGCCAUGCCUUGAAAUUACACAUUCGUGGGUUUGCCUGCUUCCUUCCAUUUUCUGCUCACCAGCACUCGGGGCCUUUGCACCUGUGUGUCCUCACCCUAGAGUACCUCAGGAGCCUGUGCUGGCUACAUACCCUCUGACUGGACAGGCCCUCGAAGGAUACCGUGCAGAGCUGCAUCCCCCAGAUAAGGACGUGAGGAAGAGCUUGUCAGGAAGGGAACCCAAACUGAGAUCCCAGCUCUUCAGGAAGGGACAUGAACUCAGGCAGAGGGGCCAGAAAAGCAAGGAGGAAAAACCACGUGCAAAAGCCCAAAGUGUGAAGGCUUCUGGGAACUGUAAAGUGUCUAGUUUGGACGGGGCAGAAGAUUGGGGCAGGUUGAAAGUCACAGACAGACAACACAGGGCCUGACAUCUAUGCUGAGGGCAGUGCCAACUUGAUUUUCCAGUGCCCUUAAGCAAACCCAGAGCCUCACAAGAUAGGCAAACUCUUUGUCCAGCCAUGGUGUUUGUUUGUUUGUUUGUUUGUUUGUUUGUUUGUUUGUUUGAAACAGGGUUUCCCUGUGUAGCCUGGCUGUCCUAGAACUUGCUCUGUAGACCAGGCUGGUCUCGAACUCACAGAGAUCCACCUGCCUCUGCCUCCUGAGUGCUGAGGUCAAAGGUGUGCACCACCACUGCCUGGCUGUUUGUUUGUUUGUUUUAAUGCAUUCUUUAUUGUCUUUAUUGAUUGAUUUUGUGUGUGAACAUGCAUGCCCGUGCAAGGUCAGGGGACAGCUUUCAGGAUUUGGCUCUGUCCUUUCACCAUGUGGCUCCUGGGGGUCAAACGUAGGUUGUCAUGCUCAGUGGCAAGCCCCUUCACCCACUCAGCCAUCUCAGCGGCCCCCGCCAUCCGUGAGGAAUAGGCCCUCCGAAGACACUGUGUUAGACUUGCUAGCUUCCAAAGCUGUGAACAAAAGAAGAUUCUGGAGCUAGACAAGACAGAGCCCUGGGUUUGGGCUGUUUCUUUGUGACGAGAUCUUGCUCCACUGUAGCUCAGGGUGGCUUUGAACUCCUGCUUCCUGCCCAAUGUUGCCUCCUGAGAGCUGAGUUACAGGUAUCCCAGUCACACCAGCUGUCAUUUCAGAAAGGCUGUGGACAGGGUAAGUGCCAGAGAGAAAGCCUAGUCAUGGUGGCACCGAGAGGUACAGUGUCCAUGUGUCAUGGUGGCACCGAGAGGUACAGUGUCUGUGUGUCAUGGUGGUACUGAGAGGUACAGUAUCUGUGCGUCAGUGUCUGUUUGUCAUGGUGGCACUGAGAGGUACAGUGUCCAUGUGUCAGUGUCCGUGUGUCAUGGUGGCACUGAGAGGUACAGUGUCCGUGUGUCAGUGUCCGUGUGUCAUGGUGGCACUGAGAGGUACAGUGUCCACGUGAGUGAACCUAGUGGGAUGCAGAAGGAGGGUGGCCAUUCAGGAGACACUGUCAAGGACAGACACUCAGGUGUCCUCUUCCAGGGACUAGGUGCACAGAUGUGCCCUUUCCUAGAAGGGCAGGGACAUUAGAUUUCGCGGAAGACUGGGUUCUAUCUUGAGACAGUUGUGUUUGUAUACAAGUGGAGAGUCAGUUGUACAAGUUAGGGGUUCGGAAAGUGUGUGGCUCUCUGUUAGUUCUUUUGGAGGAGGAAGAAUCCACUUGGGGCAGCUGGAGAACGCUGUUCUCAGGGCCAGCCUUGUUGUGUGGGUCAAGUAGUGAAUGGAAAUGAAAGAUUUUUUUCCAUUCUAGAAGUUUAGAGGGAGAGAGGUUGCUGCACAGGCCUCACAGACAUCUCACUGUUGGGAAAGACGAAAGUCCUUUGGAAUUUGGAAGGAGGAAUUGAGCAGAGAUUGUGGAGGCCAGAAGAUGCAGUCGGAUCCCCUGGAGCUGGAGUUACAGAUGGUUGUGAGCCUCCAUGAUGUUUCCGUGGGCCCUUCUCAUUGUUGGGCCAUUGGCCAUAGCCCAACAGGAAGCCAAGCUCGAGAUCUGAGUCCAAGGUUCAGCCCCUGGGAUGCUGUUCAUCAUCAGGGCCAGAGCAUGUGGAGGUGAUGCGAGGUCAUGGAAGCAGCCAGAUCAACUGCACCCAAUCCUCUUCACCAAUCUGAGGCUUCCUCUCCAGCUCAUCGCGUCAUCUGCAGGGGGUGCCACAGAUCACAACGUGGACAACACCACAGGGAUGCUCCAGGAAUGGCUGGCUGCCGUGGGCCGGGACUAUGCGACUGUGGUCUGGAAGUCUGAGGAUGAGGCCAGGUCCUAUCCAGAUGAGCAGGGGCCCAAGCACUGGACCAGAGAAAGGCAUCAGUUUUUGAUGGAGCUGAAACAGGAAGCACUGGCUUUUGCCAGGGACUGGGGGGCUGACUACAUCCUGUUCGCAGACACAGACAACAUUCUUACCAAUAACCAAACACUGAGGCUUCUCAUAGAUCGGCAAUUGCCAGUGGUGGCCCCAAUGCUGGACUCCCAGACCUAUUAUUCCAACUUUUGGUGUGGGAUCACUCCACAGGGCUACUAUCGCCGUACAGCUGAAUACUUCCCUACUAAGAACCGCCAGCGCCAGGGCUGCUUCCGGGUUCCAAUGGUCCACUCCACCUUCCUGGUAUCCUUGCAGACGGAGGAAACAGCCCGACUUGCCUUCUACCCACCUCAUCCCAACUAUACUUGGCCUUUUGAUGACAUCAUUGUCUUCGCCUAUGCCUGCCAGGCUGCUGGGGUCUCAGUGCACGUGUGCAACGACCAUCGUUACGGAUACAUGAAUGUAGGCGUGAAACCCCACCAGGGGCUGGAGGAAGAGAAGACCAACUUUAUCCACCUGAUUUUGGAAGCACUAGUGGACGGGCCCCCCAUGAUGGCCUCAGCUCAUGUAUCUCGGCCCCCAAAGAAGCCCAGCAAAAUGGGGUUUGAUGAAGUCUUUGUCAUCAGCCUGGCCCGCAGACCCCAGCGCCGGGCUCGAAUGCUGAGCUCUCUCUGGGAGAUGGAGAUCUCUGCCCGGGUGGUAGAUGCUGUGGAUGGCAGGACACUCAACAGCAGUAUCCUCAAGCACCUUGGUGUGGACCUGCUCCCUGGCUACCAGGACCCCUACUCAGGCCGCACCCUGACCAAGGGUGAGGUGGGCUGCUUCCUCAGCCACUACUCCAUCUGGGAAGAGGUGGUUGCCAAGGGCCUGGCCCGGGUGGUGGUGUUCGAGGAUGAUGUGCGCUUUGAGGACAACUUCCGGAAGCGUCUGGAACGGCUGAUGGAGGAUGUGCUGACUCAGAAGCUGUCAUGGGACUUGAUCUACCUUGGCCGGAAGCAGGUGAACCCUGAGGAGGAGGUGGCUGUGGAGGGGCUGCCUGGUCUCGUGGUGGCCGGGUACUCUUACUGGACACUCGCAUACACCUUAAGCCUGGCGGGCGCUCGCAAACUGUUGGCCUCUCAGCCUCUGCACAGAAUGCUACCAGUGGAUGAGUUCCUGCCUGUCAUGUUUGAUCGUCACCCAAAUGACCAGUACAAAGCACACUUCUGGCCUCGGGAUCUCCAAGCCUUCUCAGCCAGGCCUCUGCUUGCUUCUCCCACCCACUAUGCGGGAGACACCGAGUGGCUCAGUGACACGGAGACAUCCUCCCCUUGGGAUGACGACAGUGGCCGCCUCAUUAGCUGGACUGGCUCUCAAAAGACCCUUCGUGGCCCCUACCUGCACCUGGCUGGCAGCAGUGGACAUAGCCUCCACCCUCACCCUAGGGAUGAACUGUAGGUGAGGCUGAACCUAGAAGAGAACCAGCCCAUGGCCCCGACUUUUCUUCUCAGCUCUCUUCUCCUUCCUCCUGCUUCUCCCCUAUCCUCAACCCACCUCUUCUCUCUCAUUCUCUCUGAUUUCUCUAGCUUUGUCUCCUUUUUGUUUUUGUGUCUGUCUCUCUACCUGUCUGUCUGUCUCUACAGCUGUUGACAUCUUUGUCUGACUUUCCUUUUCCCUCCCUUGGCUCCUUGGCCCCUAGCCCAGGAGGUUCCAGCAGGAACUCCAAAGGAGCAAUGAGAGCGGAGAGGAAGAGUUGACAGAGCCAUCGGAAACCUGACUGCUAGCUUGGGCUCAGCCAGUCUUCUACCCUCUGGACCCAUUCCAGGGUGGGAGAACCACUCAUAGACAGAGUCCGUUCCUGAAGGUCACAUUGAAGAGACUAAGACCCCAAGGCUCUUGACUCUGCAUAUAAAUUUAGAGCCCAGUUAGCUCAAGGACAGGGGGGCCUCAGCCUUGGGGGUUUCAAGUUGGACAGAACCCAGAACCCUGGCCUCUCUGAGGACUCAGCUACUUUGCCUCCAUCUACCUCCGCCUCGGCUCCCUCCCCGCUUCCCAUCUAGGGCUCAUUAGCACCUCUUUCCUGGCUGGUGGAAAGUGCAGGAAGAUGGGAGGCAUACCUGGUGCUCAACACACAGUAGGCCUUCAAUAAAAGCUGUCUGCAUUAGCACUUUA